AUGAACGCCAAAUACUCCUUACCCAGCUGGACAUAUACCAGGCAACCUUUUCAAUGGCGAGUGAACCGUCUGGCAUAUUUCGCCACCGUGACUGUUGUGACCCUCUUCGUCUUCUCUCUGGCCUACGUCUAUAUCGAAGAGCCGCCGUUCUGGAAACCGGGACAACCUGGUCCGCCACCCAGAGAUCUUGAUGCUCAUAUUGUGGUCUCUCCGAAUUCCAAGAGCAAUCUAGAAUCACUUCCUGCGCUCCCAUCACUCCCCCGGCCUAAACAGCCUCCGUCGACCGGAAAAUCUUCCUCCGGAGAAGAUCUAGUCUCGACUCUCUCGACCACACAGAAACCCAAGGGUCUGAGGGUUGUGGGAGUCAUUUUCUAUGGCCGCCGUGAUCGUUCGUCGAUCCUUGAAUGUUAUCUGCGUCAGAAUCUAGUCUCGAGCGGCGGCUGGCUGGACGAGGUCAUUUGGGCGGCCAACACUGACGAUGUAGACGACCUCGCUUGGCUCAACCGCGUGGCCAACGCCUCAAAUGGCGAAUACAAGGUUGUGCGCAUGGAAGAGAAGGGAUAUGGCAACGUUUAUGAGGCCUCGUUCACCGAGCGAAACGCGAUUUAUGUCAAGAUUGAUGACGAUGUUGUGUAUAUCGAACCACAAGCUAUUGCCAAGGCCGUCACCACUUUAAUCAGUAAUCCGCAUGCAUUAAUGAUUUCCGCUAAUGUCAUCAAUAGCCCUGCACUGGGCUGGUGGCACUACCAUACCGACGCCGCUCAGUCGUUCAAACCUGAACUGCAACCAAACCAGACCGCACUUGCUACACGCGGGAAUGGAAUGUGGAAGAAUUCCGAUCUCCCAACCUGGACCGGUGACUGGACUCACGACUACUCUAAGUUUGAGAAUUUCGCCAACUUUUUCGAUGUCGAAUCCCCAGAGGAUAUCCCCAAGCAUCGCUGGCUGCCCACUCGGAACGAGACGGAUGAGGACAUGUAUACGUCGAGCAUUGCUGCUACGGAUGCUAAUGGCGGCCCUCAUCUAACCAACUGGCAAAUUGGUGCUCAGAAUCAUUACUCUUUCUUCAGCAACCUCGAAAACGGCGAGUUGGGCAAGUAUUUCUUGUCCAAGGACUACGGCAAGGGCACAAUCUGGCAUAUGCGUGGUAGACGACUAAGCAUCAACUUUAUCGUCAUGCAAGGUGCAGACGUACUUGACUACAUGCACAUGAUUACCGGCCAUCCACACGGUGAUGACGAGCAUCAGUUGACUGUCGAGAUGCCACAUGUACUUCAAAGACCUGUCCUCGUCGAAUCGCAGUCCAUUGUCUCUCAUUUUUCAUACGGCCCGCAAGUUUACCUGCACAAGACCGACAUCAUGGAACGUUACUUCAACUAUGCAAACGAUAACGUCUGCCCUCGACACAGUCUCAUCGACCCAAUGAAUCCUGAAAGGAUCUGGGACGCGACCACAAGUCCGUCAUCGUCGGCAGCCUCCUCUCCUUCAUUUUCAUCCUCUCCUUCUCCCACGCCGGUGGCAUCGCGAUUUUUUGUACGAAAGAGCCGAGAAGGUGUGAAACACCUCGUUGAAGAUAAAGCAUGA